AUGAAGCAAGUUCCUCGAAGAGUGGCCAUCGUGGCCCUGUUCCUUCUGAUUUUCUUUCAACCAGCAUUUUUUGAAAGCCAGUCAGAAGAAUCCCAUGAAAUUGGCCAGAUUGAGCAUGACAUCGAAGAGUCAAUGAAUAACAUGGCAGAAAACUUUGAAGAUGGCACCGGAAUCAAUGGAAAGCAAUCUAGAAUUAUCAAUAAAGCAUUCGAGAGGCUCGGAGAUUUUGUAAAGGAAAAAACCGAUCAUAAAGGAUUACCAAGCAUGACCGGAAUUAUCAUUAACUUUAACUAAUUUUUAAAGAUUGAGUUUCGGUAAUAAAAACACUAUUAUAU